AUGUUACAAGAAAACCCUAACUUGGCUGUCCAACCAGAUUUCACCUUGCAAGAACAUCAAUUAGCACGCCAGCAGCUCGUCGAUGGAGGAUUCACUGAUGAUCAAGUGGCCCGUUUGCUAGCAGCAUUAUGGACAUUAGCUAACAAUGCAGACAAGGAACAAUGGAACCUCAGGCAGGAGUGCUUGCAAGAAGUGAGAGAGUGGGAAGAGGAGGAAGAAGAGCAAUGCCAACAAGUGUGCCAAGAAGAGGCAGAGGCAGCGCGUCUAGAGGACAGAAAAAAGAACAAGAAUAAGUAUGUGCCACUCCUCAAAGCUGGAGAUUAUUGUGAGCUUCACUAUUUCAUGAACAGAGGCUUAGAGGACACCAAACUGGCCACUCUAGUAGUGGAACCAGAUGCUAUGGUUAUGCUUCCUUCCUCGGAAGGGCUACAUUCAUGGAUCCUGGCUGCAGCAGUUAAGGAUCCAAAGGCAGCGCCAAUCGUUAGGGACGAGCACCUCUCCUGGGAGGAGUUUAAUGAAGCCACACCUCACAUGGUCACCUCGAUGCGACAACAUGACUGGCCUGAGGAGAGAGUCGAAAUGCACAUACAAUUUUGGUAUGCCCUUCAGGUGCACAGAUGGUGA